CGAGAGAAGAGAGAAGCCCCUCUCUAUGAUUCAGAAAGGUCGUUCACUUCGAUCCAGCCCGGAAGACAAGACACAGCACACGCUGCCACAACACAAAAGACGCACAUAUCGAAGAAGGACACUGAAGUUGUAGCCAUGGUAUGGACUGUCAAAAGAUGAAAAUGAAAUCAGAAGGACCAUUGAAUAUCAGUGCAUUUAUCCGUUGUUGUCUAACCGAUAUGGAAUUAUAUCCGCUGAUCGCUAGAACACUUGUUUAACGCCGACUCGUGUUGAACCGACUUCCAAGAGGACUUCAUGGUCUCCAGUAGUGGUUGAGGAGGUGGUCUGUCUGCACGCAGCAUCCCACCCCCAGCAUGGAUGAUCCUCCUGGGCCACAACCACCAUACUCUUCCUCCCAUCUCACUGGCUCCACCACCACCACCUCUCCUCCUCCUCCUCCACCACCCAGUCUCUGAGGCUGAGUAAACCUAGCCGGGCCUCCACCACCACCCCACCACCCAGACCCAACCACCCCACCACCACAGUGGGUCUUCAGACCUAGGCAGCCCACCAUCACCCCACCACCCAGACCCAACCACCCCACCACCCAGACCUAGCCAGCCCGCCACCACCCCACCACCACAGUGGGUCUUCAGACCUAGGCAGCCCACCAUCACCCCACCACCGCAGUGGGUCUUCAGACCUAGGCAGCCCACCAUCACCCCACCACCCAGACCUAGCCAGCCCACCACCACCCCACCACCCAGACCUAGCCAGCCCGCCAUCACCCCACCUCUCUGUCACCAUGACACACAUGGACUACGAAUACACCCUGCUGGGUUCCCCGAUGGAGGACUACAGGAAGAGACCUCUGAAACUACAGGUGGACGACAGCCCCAUGAGCCUGUUUGCCGUUCUGGAGGUGAAACGUGACCCUCUCCACCGACUCUGGCCGUGGUGCACCCUGGGAUGUGGUACGAGCACCCUGACCUGCUUCAGGAAGGUUAAACUGUACAGCUUCCUGUUCGGCCUCACCGUCAUGUUCCUCAUCAUGGCUUCCUAUAUCCUCACUGGGGACAAGAAGGGCCUCCUCUUGACCCCGUCCCCAUAUCAUUUCUCUAUGGUCCCUAACUCGGGGUCCGGGGCUGGGCCCUACCCCUUUAAUAUGUCUUCUGCCAAGGACUAUGCUACCAUUAAACUUGUGGUGAAGAACAUAGCGUCCAAAGUGGAGUUCAGUACUACUAGACAGCUGCCAGAACGCAAGGCACUAAUACACAGUGAGCCACAUAUGUUUUCCGUUAUCCCCCACAAGUUUCUUCCCAACGUCAAGAACCCAUGUUGGUACGAGGAACACACUGGGAAUAUCACCAGGGACCCUUACAGGACAAACCUUUACGCCCGGUACUCCCACCGCUUCAGAACCGUGUUUGAGUACCUGAGGAAGGCUUUCCGAGAACACUUGUACCGCCGCGGGGGGAAAUACUACCGCAUGCGUUGCCUACCUUACUUCUACAUCAUAGGCCAGCCUAAGUGUGGCACCACAGACCUGUAUGAUAGGUUGCAGCUGCACCCGGAGGUUAGGUUCACCACUUUCAAAGAGCCUCACUGGUGGACCAGGAAAAGGUUUGGUAUAAUCCGUCUGAGUGAGGGAUUCCAUGACCGUUACCCAGUAGAAGACUAUUUGGAUCUGUUUGACCUGGCAGCCUAUCAGAUUCAAGACAACCUGAUGGGAAACGCCCACUCCGGAGCCCCAGAGCAACACAACAUCAUCAUAGGAGAGGCCAGUGCGUCCACCAUGUGGGACAACAAUGCCUGGGCGUAUUUCUAUGACAACUCGACUGAGGCGGAGGCGGAGCCACCCUUCCUCAUCCAGGACUUUAUCCACACCCUUCAGCCUGACGCAAGGUUCAUCGUCAUGCUCAGAGACCCUGUAGAGAGGUUGUACUCCGACUAUCUCUACUUUGGGAUCACUAAUAAGUCUGCGGAGGAUUUCCAGGACAAGGUGUCAGAGUCUCUCCAGCUGUUUGAAGGGUGCCUGACAGAGUACACCAUGCGCUCCUGUGUGUACAACACUACGCUCAACAACGCCAUGCCAGUCAGGUUGCAGGUGGGCCUGUACAUAGUCUACAUACUAGACUGGUUGACAGUCUACAGUAGAGAACAGAUUCUGGUCCUACGGCUUGAAGAUCACGCUUCCAACAGGAAAUACACAAUGCACAAAGUCUUUGACUUCCUCAACUUGGGUCCGUUGACGGUGCAGAAGGAAGCAGAGAUCACUAAAAGUCCCGCCUCCAACACACGACGGCCAGCAGAUAAGAACCUAGGACCCAUGCUCCCCGUAACCAAGGAGAUACUGAGGGACUUCUACACUCCGUUCAACAUGAAACUGGCCAAGGUGCUCCGCAACGACUCCUUCAGAUGGGACAAUUAUUCAAAACUCAUAUAAAUACUUUUUUUUUAAUGGGGAAACCAUUCAAAACUCAUGUCAAGACUUGUUUUAAUGGGGAAACCAUUCAAAACUCAUGUCAAGACUUGUUUUAAUGGGGAAACCAUUCAGAGCUCAUAUAAAGACUUGUUUUAAUGGGGAAACCAUUCAAAACUCAUAUAAAGAUUAGUUUUAAUGGGGAAACCAUUCAGCACUCGUAUAUCCCAGUCAAUGUUCCAUCUACAUUUUUUGUGGCACUGUGCAGAUCUCAGGUCUGCUGAGCGCAACCUUGAACUUUGUGAAAAUUCUGUGCAACUUCCAGCGUGCGUUCACUGUGAACACUGAGGCUGUACCCGCUUUAAGUUACAGUUUUAACAGUGGCCAAGUAGGCUACUGUGGCUAUUUGAUCAUAAUGUAGGUCUACCAGAGUGGCCUACUAUCAAAACAAUGGAUAAAAUGCAUCCCAUAACAUGUUAACAUGGAAAUAACUGUUCUAUCAUUCAGUCUACAGUAGCAGCCAAUGUGUGGUGUUCAAUGCCUACAUUCCAUCAGACUUUUGAAGAGAAAAAACAUGCAGUAUUUGACAUUAACCUGUUGAUCCGCUUGUCCUUCAGACAAGGAGGUGACUGAAAAUGUUGUUGUGUUGUUUGAUGCAAGAAACCACUUUCCAAAAUAAAAUCCAUUAAUAUUCCCAUA